AACACGCCCCUCUUGCUUCACUCAUCAAGAAAACAGAAAGCAGCUUCAGCUGUGCCGGCCGGCCGUCUCGCCCCUGACGGAGAUGGCGAGGGGUGCAACCACCAUGGAGGUCCGCGACGACGGUGUAGCCGUCAUCACCAUCUCCAACCCGCCCGUCAACGCCCUCUCCUUUGACGUCAUAGCUAGCUUGCAGAGAAACUACGAAGAAGCUCUAAGAAGGAAUGAUGUCAAGGCCAUCGUUCUCACUGGCGCCAAAGGGAGGUUUUCAGGUGGAUUUGAUAUAAAUGGAUUCGGAAAUAAACCAAAAAACGAGAAGCCCGGGUCCUUUUCUAUUGAUUUUCUGACUGGUGUAGUGGAAGAUGCUCAGAAGCCGUCAGUGGCUGCUAUAGAUGGUGUUGCUCUAGGUGGUGGCUUAGAGCUUGCAAUGGUUUGCCAUGCUCGGGUUUCUACACCGUCAGCUCAAUUAGGACUACCUGAACUUCAGCUUGGUAUCAUUCCUGGAAUGGGAGGAACACAACGAUUGCCCCGCCUUGUUGGCCUGAAAAAAGCUCUUGAGAUGAUGUUGAUGUCAAAGUCUAUAAAAGGGGUAGAGGCUCACAAAUUCGGUUUGGUUGAUGCCAUAGUUUCAGCUGAUAAGCUGAUCAGCAUUGCCUGUUCUUGUGCUCUGGAAAUCCACGAACACAAAAGGCCAUGGUUAAAGAGUCUCCUGAGAACGGAUAGACUUACAGAUAUUGUGGAAGCAAAGAAAAUUCUCAAAUUUGCGAGAGUUCAAGCCCUAAAACAGGCUGCUAAUCUUCAACAUCCAUUAGUUUGCAUUGAUGUUAUUGAAGAAGGAAUUCUUUUUGGCCCUCGUGCCGCCCUCAUGAAGGAAGUGCUUUCUGGAAAAAUGCUUGAGCAGUCUCAAACAAGCAAAAGCUUAAGGCAUUUUUUUUUCGCCCAACGUGCGACUUCAAAGAUACCAAAUAUUACCAACUUGGGUUUGACACCACGGAGAAUACUAAAGGCAGCUAUUGUUGGUGGAGGUCUAAUGGGAUCCGGAAUUGCAACUGCGUUCAUACUGAGUGACAUUGUGGUAGUCUUGAAAGAAGUAAAUGAGAAGUUCUUGAAUACUGGCAUUAACAGAAUUAAAGCCAAUUUGCAGAGUUCUGUCAAAAAGGGACGAAUGACCCAAGAAGAUUAUGAAAAGAAACUUUCUCUGCUGUCCGGUGUUCUUGACUACGAGCAAUUUAGAGAUGCAGAUGUGGUCAUUGAGGCCGUUAUUGAGGAUCUAUUGCUGAAGCAGAAAAUAUUCUCUGAUCUUGAAAGGAGCUGUCACUCUAAUUGUAUAUUUGCCACAAAUACUUCAACCAUAGACUUGCGGUUAAUUGGCCAACAAACAGCUUGUCAAGAUCGAAUUGUUGGUGCCCACUUCUUCAGUCCAGCUCAUGUCAUGCCACUGUUGGAAAUAGUUUGUACUCAGCAGACUUCCUCACAAGUUAUUGUGGACUUGCUAGAUGUGGCAAAGAAGAUACGGAAAACACCAAUUGUUGUUGGGAGCUGCACUGGGUUUGCUGUCAAUAGGAUGUUUUUUCCUUACGGCCAGGCAGCUGGUUUGCUCGUUGAUUAUGGUUUGGAUAUAUAUCACAUAGAUCAUGUGAUAGCAAAAUUUGGAAUGCCGAUGGGACCUUUUCGAUUAGCUGAUCUUGUAGGUUUUGGCGUUGCCGUUGCCACUAGAAAGCAAUAUUAUAAGAGUUAUCCAGAGCGAUGUUAUAAAUCACGUCUUACUGAAAUUAUGCUCGAGGAGAACAGGACAGGUGAAUCUUCUCAUAGGGGAUUUUAUCUUUAUAAUGAUAAGCGACAAGCUUCUCCAGAUCCUGAUAUCAAAAAGUAUGUUGAGAAAUCAAGAAACAUGGCAGGUGUUGCACAAGAUCCUAAGCUAAUGAAAUUAACAGACAAGGACAUCGUAGAGAUAAUCUUCUUUCCCGUGGUGAAUGAGGCCUGCCGAGUCCUUGAUGAGGGAAUUGCACUGAAAGCAUCUGAUCUUGAUGUAGCAUCCAUUAUGGGAAUGGGCUUCCCUUCUUUUAGGGGUGGGGUGAUGUUUUGGGCCGACUCUCUCGGCGCGGAAUACGUGUACCGCAGACUGGAUGCGUGGUCCAAGGACUACGGGGAGUUCUUCAAACCCUGUGAAUAUCUAGCUGCCAGAGCUAGUCGCGGCGCAUCCUUGGCUGCCACCACAGCUGAUGGGACCAAAUCGCGACUCUAGAUCGUUUACCUGGGUGUUCUGCCAUGUCCACUCGGGAUGAAGGACCUGGCAGGGGCUGGAAUGUUGCGGAUACAAUCGUGUACGUAUUAGAUGUAAUAAAGUGCACGGCAAAAAUCCUAGGUUGGUUUUGAGUGUUGGUGGGUGCGGUUUUUUUCUUCUGCAGCUGCUGCUGCUGUGUGAUGUGUUGCCGUGGUCUUACCCACAGUGCAGUAGUUUUCUGCAUCGUGGAUUCCCCUGGCGCGCUGCUGCGACGUGUCCGCGAAACCUCUGUGUUUUUACAGGGCCAAGGAUAGUACAUGCGAUCCUUGGCAAUUCUGGAAAUGAAAUACCGACCUUGUGUCGUUUCCUUCCGCUGAUUUCAUAUA